AUGACGGGAAAGCGCAGACAUCAAAUUAUUGAAGAAUCAUCAGAGGACAGUGACUAUUCCUACGAUAAUUCAUCAAACGCAGCCUCCAACCCAGGAAGUGUCGAACAAAGUGAAUUCCAAAAACGGAAACGCGGUCGAGGUCCAUCAAAGCGACCGUGCUUGAAUCGCAAUGCUUUAAUGGCGCGAGCUAAUCGUCAAAAGAAAAAAGAAUAUGUGGAACAUAUUGAAAGUAAAUUAAUGCACUAUCGUCAAGAAAUAAAAGAAUUAACCACCAAAAAUCAGAAGCAGUGCAUUGAUUUAAAAAGAUUAACAGCUGAGGUGUCUUAUUUAAAAAAUAUCUUGAAUAAUAAUUCGAGUAUUACUUCGUUGUUAAAAUCAAUGAACGAAAUUCUGUCAAGAGGUGGAAGGAAGGGAAAGGGGAAGGAGGGAGAGAGUGCAAAGUCCAUUUGUGAGAAAGAAGCUGAUGAGAAAGGGGUUAAUUACAAUCCUGACAACGGCCAAGUGUCCAUUAAAGAGUCAUCACAAGACAGCAUUAAAAUUUAUAAUGAGUUUAAUAAAUCACCUGUUGAGUCUAUUGACAAUAUUGAUUUAGGGAUCAGCGAUACUGAUCUGGAUCAGUUGAAUUCUAUUGACUUAUUCAGUCAAUUAAGCGAUGACCUGGAGGAUAAUGAGCCCAUUGACUUUUUAAAGUCGCAAAAUUCUACAGUUGAGUCUUUGGAUUUAUUCAACAACCUGGACAACAAUGGACUUGAGGCGGCUGCGGUUUUAUUCUUGGAAAUUUGGAAUAUUAGACAACAUAAAAUUAAGGUGGGCGUCAGUUUAACAAUUAUAAAGAAAGUUUCAAUUUUAAAUUUAAAUUUAAAACAAAUAUAA